CAUGAAUGAUGAUGCAUGGGUUUAUUAAUUUAUUACCAAUCCUUUGUUGACUUAUAUGUAUUGCUAAUGCUAUGGAGGCCAUAUAUAUUCCUUCUAUAGAAUCAGUUUUAGUAACAAUCAGUAGUCUUGAUUACGGUUUCAAGUUUCAAUCCAUCGGACAUAAAAUGGCAGGUGGUGUGAGAAGGAUUAAACUUGGAUCACAAGGUAUGGAGGUAUCAGCUCUCGGAUUAGGAUGCAUGAAUAUGACCAAUAGUGGCUUUGGACCGGCCAAGCCCAAGGAAGACAUGAUCAAACUCAUCCACCAUGCGAUCAACUCAGGCGUCACUCAUCUCGAUACCUCUGACUUCUACGGACCUCAAACUAACGAAAUCUUCAUUGGCAAGGCGUUGAAGGGAUUGGAAAGAGGAAAUGUGCAAUUGGCAACUAAAUUUGGGGUUAAGUCGUUGGAGGGAGACUGCGAUAUACGUGGUGAUCCAGAGUAUGUUAGGGCUUGUUGUGAAGCUAGUUUAAAACGACUUGAUGUUGAUUACAUUGAUUUGUAUUAUGUCCAUCGCGUUGACUCUCGUGUUCCAAUCGAGAUCACGAUGGGAGAGCUCAAGAAACUAGCUGAAGAGGGUAAAAUCAAGUAUAUAGGUCUAUCAGAGGCUUCACCUUCCACCAUUAGAAGAGCCCAUGCUGUUCAUCCCAUUACAGCUGUGCAAUUAGAGUGGUCACUUUGGACUAGAGUUCAUGAAGAGGAAGUAAUUCCAACUUGCAGAGAGUUAGGCAUUGGAAUUGUUCCGUAUAGUCCUCUCGGAAGCGGGUUUUUAGCUGCUGGUCCCAAGUUGGUUGAGCGCAUGCCAGAUGAAGAUUUUAGGAAGUCCUUUCCAAGAUUACAAGGAGAGAAUUUUAAACACAACCAGAUCUUGUUUGAUAAGAUUCAUGAAAUUGCACAGAAGAAAAAGUGCACCUCAUCUCAAUUGGCAUUAGCGUGGGUCCUUCACCAAGGGGAUGACCUGAGUCCCAUCCCAGGCACCUCAAAAAUGGAGAACUUUAACGAGAACAUUGGAGCUUUAUCCGUUAAACUCUCGCCGCAUGACAUGGUUGAGCUUGAAUCUAUAGCUUGAAUCUAUAGCUUCAGUUGAUGCUUUUAAGGGUAGUAGAUUACCUCCCACAAUCUUGGCUCUUUCAAACGUUGAGUCCAUGCCUUUGUCAUCAUGGAGAUAACUUUUGCAUAUAUGUACUCCCCUUUAUUCCGAAGUCAAAUAGUGAAUAAAUAUCAUGAAACAUUCAUGUUGUUGUAUAUCUUGUGUGUUUUUAGUAAUAAAAUUGUUUUGGAA